AAGUUUUACUCCGGUAAUAGGCGAUGGUAUUCCUUUUACUAUCAGAAGAUCGAGGAAAAUGAACAAGCGGCUAAAUCAGGACGAUAUAACAGCGAUGGAGAGUCAGCUGAAACAAAGCGUUGAAGAGGACCGCCGGUACUGGCGCGUCAACAAUGUAAAGUGCGAUGCGAUCCACACUGCAAAAACCUAUGAAGAAUUUGCGGAUCGCGUAGCGGCCGCUCAUUUACGUCCCUUGAACAAAGCCGAUUUUUCAAAGAAAGUAUCCAGAGGUUGGAACCAGUAUGCUGCUCCAGAUCCACGUGAUUAAUUUGAACUACUUACCUACUACAGUCUACAAGUGACAAAUGAUUGUCUCUGAAAUUAAUAAAAGUGUUAUAAAGUAA